CCAGGUCCUUUAGACCGGUUUCCUUGCUAGGCGCUGUCGCCGAGCACCGCGACCCUUGCCCGGGAACCUUAUUGUGCUCGCCCAGCUCCACCGGGUGACGCGGAGAGCCGCGGACUGAGGAAGUAGGAACGUGGGAGAGAGAUGGCCCCAGAGCGAGGCGAGGGCUGCCCGGAGGGGAAGCAGCCCGGAAGGAGCAGGGACGCGGAUUCGGACGCUUCUGCGGUGGGGGAGGAGACACGACUGGCGUUUGUGCGGGACGAGCCAGGACUGACCUCUAAAUACUCAUGUUACUCAAGGAAGAAGUUGGGAGGAGGAGAAUGAAGAACCAGAAAGAACCAGGGAUGGCUGCCAUGCAGGGACAGUUGACAUUCAGGGAUGUGGCCAUUGAGUUCUCUCAGGAGGAAUGGGAAUGUCUGGACCCUGCACAGAGGGCUUUGCACAGGGAUGUUAUGUUGGAGAACUACAGCAACCUGGUCUCCCUGGGAGUCACACGUCCUAAUCUGAAUGUUAUGUCUAUGUUGGAACAACAGAAAGGGCCCUGGACUGUGGAGAGUGAGGCAAUAAUAACCAGAAAACCAAACGGACAGGAAUACAUCAGAGCUAUGAGUGCAGAGAAUAUUGAUGAUAAUGAAGUUAACUCUAUCACCAAUGUUUCUUCAAUUUCAUUAUCUCAAAGAAUUCCUCUCACUGGUGUCAAAGCACAUAUUGUUCAUGAAUAUGACAAUGAUGAUAUUUAUUGUUCACUACUUAUGAAAAAACAGAAAGCACACAUUAAGGAAAAACCUUAUCAAUGUAAUGAGUGUGGCAAGGUCUUCAGUUAUACUUCUUCUCUGGCACAUCAUCAGCAAAUUCAUACUGGAGAGAAACUUUACAAAUGUGUUGAAUGUGGUAAGGCUUUUUUUCGACGUUCUUAUCUAUUGGUACACGAGAGGCAUCAUACUGGAGCAAAACCUUACAAAUGUAAUGAAUGUGGCAAGGUUUUCACACAGAAUUCACACCUUACAAGUCAUCGGAGAAUUCAUACUGGUGAGAAACCAUACAAGUGUAGUGACUGUGGCAAAGCCUUUAGUGUUCGUUCAAACCUAACUAAUCAUCAGGUAAUUCAUACUGGAGAAAAACCUUACAAAUGUAAUGAGUGUGGCAAGGUCUUCAGUCAAACUUCAAGCCUUGCGAUUCAUCGGAGAACUCAUACUGGAGAGAAACCUUACAGGUGCAACGAGUGUGGAAAAGUCUUUAGUUCACAUUCAAACCUAAAUACCCAUCAGAUAAUCCAUACUGGAGAAAAACCCUACAAAUGUUCAGAAUGUGGCAAGGUCUUUACUCAGAAUUCACACCUUGCAAAUCAUUGGAGAAUACAUACAGGAGAGAAACCAUACAAGUGUAAUGAGUGUGGAAAGGCCUUCAGUGUGUAUUCCAGCCUGACUACCCAUCAGGCAAUCCAUACUGGAGAAAAACCUUACAAGUGUGAUGAGUGUGGCAAGGUCUUUACUCAAAAUUCACAUCUUGCAAGUCAUCGUGGUGUCCACAGUGGGGAGAAACCUUACAAGUGUGAAGAAUGUGGCAAAGUCUUCAGUCAGACUUCAAAUCUUGCAAGACAUUGGAGGGUUCAUACUGGAGAGAAGCCUUAUAAAUGCAAUGAGUGUGGCAAAGCUUUUAGUGUGCGUUCAAGCCUAACUUCCCAUCAGGUAAUCCAUACUGGAGAAAAACCUUACAAGUGUAAUGAAUGUGGCAAGGUCUUUAGUCAGACUUCAAGCCUUGCAAUUCAUCAGAGAAUUCAUACUGGGGAGAAACCUUACAGGUGCAAUGAGUGUGGAAAAGCUUUUAAUUCACAUUCAAACCUAAAUACCCAUCAGGUAAUCCAUAGUGGGCAAAAACCCUAUAAAUGUCUGGAAUGUGGCAAGGUCUUUACUCAAAAUUCGCACUUGGCUAAUCAUCGCAGAACCCAUACAGGAGAGAAACCUUACAAGUGUAAUGAGUGUGGCAAAGCCUUCAGUGUGUACUCAAGUCUUACUACUCAUCAGGCAAUCCAUACUGGAGAAAAACCUUACAAGUGCAAUGAAUGUGGUAAAGUCUUCACUCAAAAUUCACACCUAGCAAGUCACCGUAGGACUCAUACUGGAGAAAAACCUUACAAGUGUGAUAAAUGUGGUAAAGCCUUUAGUGUGCGUUCAAGCUUGACUACUCAUCAGGCAAUCCAUACUGGAGAAAAACCUUACACGUGUAGUGAGUGUGGCAAAGUCUUUAGUCGAAGUUCCAACCUUGCAAGUCAUCGGAGACUUCAUAUUGGACAGAAGCAUAAAUGAAUAUAGCAGGGUCUUCAGCCACAGUUUACUUGCACAAUAUCCAGGAAUUCAGUCUUAAGAAAGUAUUUUUAAUGAUAGAAAAACACCUAUCAAGAGUUCAAGUACAUCACUGAACGUGGUGGUAUGCAUGUAAACCACACAGUACUUGUCAGGCUGUUGUGAGACCAUCAACCACCUAUGAUGUAUAGGAAGAACUUAAAUUUUAAAAAUGUCAAGCUUUUAUAGACAUAUAUUAAGAAGCCAUUUCAUUCAUGUACAGCACAUGCUUUAUUACAUGACUCCCACCUCGAGAAAUACCAAAAUACACAUUGCUGAUGAAAUUGUCCACUUGGCACUUACUGAGGAAGGUGCUUAAUGACCAUUAUUGUGAAGGGUUUAUCAGAGUAAUAACUCCUCUUCCAUAGCUAUGUUACAGUCUACAGAAUAAUUGUUAAAAAACAACUAAAAAUCAAAAUAAGUUAAAACAUAUAUAUGGAAGUUGGAAAACUAUUUUGAUACACCUGGUUGCCUUCAGGUUGUAAAUUAUUCAUUUUGUUGUGUUUCUUUGCAAAGGCUACCAUUUAUAAUUGUCAGCCUCAACUUUGUGUUGCUAGAAUGCUUACCUCAGGGGCUUUUUAUUGCAGCCUCUGGGAAAAAUGAAGAGAAGGGUCGCAUUAGUAGGAAACAAGCAUGUCUGUCUAAUUUCUGAGUACCUACUCUACCUUUUAAGUUAAAUAUUGCCUAAGUUAUUGUCCUAAUUUGUUUUAGUUGCUGUGAUAAACCCCAUGGCCAAAGCCAACUUGAGGAGGAAAGGGUUUAUUUCAUUAUGGAUUAUAUUCAAUCAAGGGAAGCCAGGGUAGAGGCUAGAGUAGGAACCUGGAGGCAGGAACUAAGGUAGACAAUAGAGAAAGGAUGACUGUUCGUUUGAUUUAGCUUCUGUUUCACAACCCAGGAACAUCUAAUAAGGGGUGGUACUGCCCAGAGUGGCCUAGGCCCUCCCAGACUAGUCAUAAAUAAAAUGAUUGUCAGACAUGCCCAGAGUUCAGCCUGAUGGAGGCAUUUCCUUAAAGGUCCCUCUUCCCAGUUAACUCUAGUAGGUGUCAAUUUGACAAGGUGUAACCAGAACAUUUAUCAUAUGAAAGGAGUGGGAUAAUGUAAAAUUGCAACAUGAAGCUAUCAAGUUUAUUGUGUCUGAUUGGUGCUCUCCGUGAGGGAACAGCAAUUACAUGGGAAAGGAAUUAAGGUACUAGAUGUUUUAUGAAGUGAGGAUAAUAGGCUAGUGGGGAAUGGAUUGUUUAGUAAAAUACAAAAGACAUCGUGACCAUCUACAUUGAAUGACAAGAGCUUUCACAUAGCAAAUAAUAAAGUUAUUCUUACUUUUUAAUUUGAAGUGAGAAACAUUGUUAGAAUGGAAAAUUUAAACCAAAGAAUCAAAGUGUAGGUGCUGGCUUCAUAGGUAGUAGAGAAGCGCUUGUGUUCCACAUGUGAGGCUCUAUGUUAAAUCGUUAACAGCACCAAAAGUAAAAAUGCCCAAAAGCUUUCUUUUUU